UCCAAUCCUAAAAAUCAGAAACCCUAAAAAUCAGAAUCUCUGAGUCCUCUCCUACUCCGGCGCCGUCCGUCGCUUCUCCCCUUUCACGUUGCCGUCGUUUUCGCCGUCGCCUCUCUCGUUACCGCCGAGUCUUCGCUUUUCUCUUCCCUGCUUACACUUCCAAUCUCCAGGUUUGUGACAGUUAUUAAAUCCAAUGGGAAAGAAGAAAACAGAUGAGGGUGGAGAAAAGGGUAAACAAGGCAAUAAAGAAGGAAAGAAAGAGAAGCUAUCAGUCUCAGCCAUGCUUGCCAGUAUGGACCAGAAACCUGAUAAGGCAAAGAAAGUAACCUCCUCAAGCUCUACGGCUCGUCCCAAGCCCAAAGCAGCUCCAAAAUCACAGUCCUAUGCCGACAUUGAUCUUCCUCCUUCAGAUGAUGAUGAGGAUGAUGGAGAGUAUCUGUCUGAAGAAGAUGAACAUCAAAAGGGGGGAAGAAAAAAACCGAGCAGGAAAGAGAGGGCUAGCGAUAAGGUUCUUGAGAUAUCUGUGACCGAUAAGGAGUUAAAGAAACGAGAAAAGAAGGAUAUGAUUGCUGCUCAAGCAGUGGAGCAGGCCAAGCAAGAGGCUAUGAAAGAUGACCAUGAUGCAUUUACGGUGGUGAUAGGUAGUCGAGCUUCAGUGCUUGAUGGCCAAGAUGAAGCUGAUGCCAAUGUAAAAGACAUAACAGUAGAGAAUUUCUCAGUUUCGGCACGGGGAAAAGAGUUGUUGAAGAAUGCAUCUGUGAAGAUCUCUCAUGGAAAGAGGUAUGGUUUGGUGGGACCUAACGGGAAGGGAAAGUCUACAUUGUUAAAGCUUCUAGCCUGGAGGAAGAUUCCUGUGCCUAAGAACAUAGAUGUUCUUUUGGUGGAGCAAGAAAUAGUUGGUGAUGAUAGGACAGCUCUCGAAGCUGUUGUUUCAGCAAACGAGGAGCUUGUUAAACUACGACAAGAGGUUUCAUCAUUGCUAGAAGCUCCUGAACCAGUGGACGAGAAUGGAAAUGUAGUUGAUGAUGCUGCUGAUACUGGAGAGAAACUUGCUGAAUUAUAUGAAAAAUUGCAGAUAAUGGGUUCAGAUGCUGCAGAAGCUCAAGCUUCAAAGAUCCUUGCUGGUUUGGGUUUUACAAAAGUUAUGCAAGGCCGUGCCACCCGAUCAUUUAGUGGUGGCUGGAGGAUGAGAAUUUCGUUGGCCCGGGCCCUUUUUGUCCAACCUACCCUGUUAUUAUUGGAUGAGCCAACCAACCAUCUUGACCUUAGAGCUGUUCUCUGGUUAGAGGAAUACUUGUGCAGAUGGAAGAAAACUCUUGUUGUUGUCUCACAUGACAGAGACUUCUUAAAUACUGUCUGCAACGAAAUAAUCCAUCUUCAUGAUCUAAAACUUCAUCUGUAUCGUGGAAACUUUGAUGAUUUUGAAAGUGGGUAUGAACAACGUCGCAAAGAGAUGAAUAAGAAGUUUGAAACUUACGACAAGCAGGUGAAAGCUGCAAAGAGGGCUGGGAACCAGAAACAACAAGAGAAAGUUAAAGAAAAAGCAAAAUUUGCUGUUAAAGAAGCAAAGAAGAAGGCAAAGGGGAAAGUUGAUGAGGAUGAGGAGAUUGUAGAGGCCCCACAGAAGUGGAGAGAUUAUACUGUGGAGUUUCAUUUUCCUGAGCCUACUGAAUUGACACCACCAUUGUUACAGCUUAUUGAAGUGAGUUUUAGUUAUCCAGAAAGAGAGGACUUCAAGCUAUCUGACGUGGAUGUUGGUAUUGAUAUGGGUACACGUGUUGCUAUUGUGGGUCCCAAUGGAGCUGGAAAGUCUACAUUAUUGAACCUUCUUGCUGGAGACUUGAACCCAACAGAGGGUGAAGUAAGAAGGAGCCAAAAAUUGAGAAUUGGAAGAUAUUCCCAACACUUUGUUGAUCUCUUGACAAUGGGUGAAACACCCGUUCAGUAUCUUCUUCGUCUUCAUCCAGAGCAGGAGGGUUUUAGCAAACAAGAAGCUGUUCGUGCGAAGCUUGGUAAAUUUGGGCUUCCCAGCCAUAAUCACCUUACUCCAAUUGCUAAAUUAUCUGGAGGACAAAAAGCUCGUGUUGUUUUCACUUCAAUCUCCAUGUCUAAGCCACACAUUCUGCUACUGGAUGAACCCACAAAUCAUUUGGAUAUGCAGAGUAUUGAUGCACUUGCUGAUGCACUCGACGAGUUUACUGGUGGUGUUGUCCUUGUCAGUCACGAUUCUAGGUUGAUAUCACGCGUUUGUGAUGAUGAAGAAAAGAGCGAAAUAUGGGUCGUAGAUAAUGGAAGUGUGGAGGCAUUCCCUGGUACUUUUGAUGAGUAUAAGGAGGAGCUUCAGAGGGAAAUCAGAGCUGAGGUCGAUGAUUGAUGUGGAAACUGGACGAGGCAUUUAGAUCAAAAGGGGAAAUUCAAUUGUUCUUCAUGUGGAGGUUGUUAUUGCCAAGGCAUUUUUGGAAGUUGAAGUAUUUGAGUGUCUUUUCUAUAGUUUCGAUAUAUAAGCCAGCCAGCCAGCCAGCCAUGAGUGAUAGCUUCAUUCUUACCAGUUUUGGAUAAGUGGGAUAUAAUUAUACUUAUUUUAUGGUGUUUUUUGUGCUACAUUUGACAAUAUAUAUACUGGUUGUCUACCCAUGCAAUGCGGUGGGAUGUAAAAAAUAUGAUAGUCCUUUAAUUCGUGGUGCGAAAUCCAAUUUGUGGAUCUUUAAGAUA